CGAUGUGACGUCAGAGGUCAAGUGCUUCUCAGAAUAUGGCUAACGGCAUGGAGGCGCCUCUGUGGUUAGGACUUGUACAGCGUGCUCUGGUGUUUCUGCGUAUUCAUACGCUUUUCUACAGUGUUGUCAAAUUCCUGGACGCAACUCUGAGGUCGUGGGGCAUCACCAACUGGCUGCCAGCAUGGUGCCCGACAUCUCAGUGCAAACUGGAAGAGGCAGAAGAGAGGAUGCUGCAGCUCAUCCAGAGCAAGUUCUCCAAGCAGUUUGUCAACAUCUCCAGUGACAACAAGCUAUGGACGCUGGUGUUCAAUGACGGUGUGGAGCGCAAGACUCCUCUGGUGCUACUGCAUGGCUUUGGCGGUGGAGUGGGUCUCUGGGCUAUGAACCUGGAUGCUCUGUCCCAGCAGAGGCCUGUGUAUGCUCUUGACCUGCUCGGCUUUGGUCAGAGUAGCAGGCCUCAUUUCAGCACCGAUGCCCAGGAGGCCGAAACGCAGUUUGUGGAGUCCAUCGAGGAGUGGAGGGAAAAACUAGGCCUGGAGAGUGUAAUCCUACUGGGCCACAACUUGGGAGGAUACCUGGCAACCGCGUACUCACUUAAAUACCCUUCCAGAGUAAAACAUCUGAUCCUGGUGGAACCAUGGGGUUUUCCAGAGUGUCCAGAGGCUGGGGAACAGGACAGACCCUUUCCUGUGUGGAUUAAAGUCCUCGGAGCCAUCCUAAGCCCCUUCAACCCACUGGCUGGCCUUCGCCUUGCAGGGCCGCUUGGUCCAGGUCUAGUGCAGAUUGUUCGACCUGACUUUAAAAAGAAAUAUUCUGCCAUGUUUAAUGACAGCACAGUCCCAGAGUACAUCUACCACCUUAAUGUCCAAAGCCCAAGUGGGGAAACAGCUUUCAAAAACAUGACCAUCUCAUAUGGUUGGGCCAAGCGGCCCAUGCUGCAGCGCAUUGGCCUGAUUCACUGUGACAUUCCCAUUACCGUGAUCUAUGGGUCACGCUCCAGCAUAGAUGGCCACUCCGGCAAUUCAAUCAAAGAAAUGAGGCCAAAUUCCCACGUGGAGCUAAUCGCUAUACGAGGAGCAGGACACUAUGUAUUUGCUGACCAACCGGAAGACUUCAACCACAGGGUACUCCAUGUGUGUGAAACAGUGAGCUGAAGGGUGAUGAGAAAGGACUGCCUUUUUUUUUUUUUUUUUUUUAAAUUAAACUCAUUAUAUUCCCUCUUAUCUUAUAUACAGGCUUAAAGAGCUGGCCAGAGCACCUCUGUAAAUCUGUAUGUACUUACAUGUCGCAGUGCAGCACUCAUUACAGUGUGUCCUUCACCAGACCCACAUUUUGCACACUGUAGGUUUGCCGAUAACUGGAGUUUUUACAACUAACAUUGUCAUAGCUGUGCUCAUUAGGAGCAUAUCUGCUAACCUAUAUAGUCACUGAUAAAUAGGUUUAACUGUUUGUGUGUAUAUAUGUAAGGGGCAACAAUGAGCAAUAAUUAUUAGAGAUGCACCAAUACUAAAUUUCUCAGCCGAUACCGAUAACCAGUUGUUCGGUGAGUGACAUCGGUCGAUACCGAUAGUUCUGCCUUUUAUGUCUUCUUAUGAAUUAAUACUAAUUGAUACCACAAUUCUGAAGGAAGUGCAAAUAAAAACUUCCAUUUCAACAAGUUGUUUCACAGUAACUGGUCUCAAACAGAAAACACAUUACUCUAAUUAACAUUAACACACAAACUAAAUUCUGCAGAUUAAAGUAAGAUUUCUUAACUUAUUGAAUGUUAUUAAUUCAUAUUAACAUUGACUGAAUUCUAAAAAAACCUCCUGUUAGUCUCACAUUCACUCACCACAAACAAAAGCAUUUCUACUUCAUCAUUAACAUCAAACUGGUAAUAUAUAAUAGAAAGCUUUUUAUAUGUUAACAUUAACUGGAUAUGAAAAAUACUACUCUACAAAUAUAUUUUUCUGUGAUUUUAUAUAUAUAUAUAUAUAUAUAUUAUAUAUAUAUAUAUAUAUAUAUAUAUAUAUAUAUAUAUAUAGAGAGAGAGAGAGAGAGAGAGAGAGAGUAUAUACUUUUUUGUCAACUCAUCCUUAUUUAAAUCUUUCAACUGUGUACUGGCGCUUUAAUUCAGCACAAGCAGCGUGGCUAAAAAAUGACUCGACGCCGAAACUCCCGCUUCACUGCUGCUCACUUCCGGUGUAAAAUUUUAGCAGUGUAGAGCUUACAAACUGCAGUUUUGUCGUCAUUCCACACAAGAGACAUCUAUACACACAGCAUGAAAUCAAUAUGUUUUCCCACCCUCUUUUGAUUGACAGGAUAUAAUCGGCCCUGAUCAUCGAAUGUUUUAAACUAUCGGCCAAUGGCCCAUAGUGUGAAAAUUAGCCUUUAUCGGCUGAUACAUCGGUAUCAUCAGUGCAUCUCUAAUAUGUAUAUAUUUAUAUUUAUUUCUAUAUGGGACAACAAUAAGCAAUAAUUAUUCUCUGGAUUAUGUACUGUAGCAUGCGCAUUUUAAGUAUUAUGUGCCAAUAUGAAGGGUAUAAAUGGUAUUCGAAAUCAUGCUAUUAAAAUUCAACUGGCUGUGGGAACAGUUGAAUACAAUUGAAUUCAUUUCACUGAUACUUGAACUGAUAAAAAAAGCAAAUGUAUCUCAGUGACGAGCACUACGUGUCCUGUCCUGUCCAAAUUCAGCAAAUAUAAGACAUUCUAAUAUUUAGGACAUGUUGUCCCUUUGUACCUCAUGACUAACAUAACUUCUGCAACUAUGAAACAGAAGCACUGUUCACUUUACACUUGAAUGUUUUGUGCAAUCUAUGAGCUGUGUUUUAUUUUACUUCUGGUACACAGCUGAGGUAGAGAGUUUUUGCAAUGCAAUGAUUUAUUUAAUUCUCAAAGUAUGUCUGUUUUUUUAUAUUUACUGAUUAAUUUGAAUGUAACUGUUUAAAUUCACUGCAAUCAUACAGUAAUUACUGUACUAAAUUCCCAGUAAAUUAAGUCUUUAAAGAU